AUGGGUCAGGUGGAGAGGGGGUCGACUCUUGUGUUGCUGCUGGUCUUGCUGGUCUGUCGCUGCCAUGGCUCGAGGAACUCGCAGUCGCUGCAGGUGGCGCCGGCGAGGACGAGGAAUUCGGAGGUGUUCAUGGGGUUCCUGCCAAAAGCCAUGCCCUUGCCUCCUUCUGGCCCUUCAAGGCAGCACAACGUCGUCGGCUUGCGAAGCCAACAAGCACCUUGA